ACUGUUUUCUGUGGAUUGCUCUCCUCGGCCUUUAUUGCUGGGCCAUUCUUCAGAACCACAGGGAGCAGCUGCAGCAGGCAAUGAGAUGGCAAGACCAAGGUUUAAAAAGUUCAGCAAGCUGGAGCUUAUACUCAUUUUCCUGCUGCUUGUAUUGUUCAUCGUUGCUGUGGUUCUAAUUGUGCUCUUAGCCAAUUCAACACAACAAAAUGACCCUGCAGUCACAAGAACUAGCACUCCAGAUACUACGAUGACAAGAACUACUCCUAAUCUACCCAGUUGCCCAGUUCUCAGUGAACAGGAACGGAUAAAUUGCAUCCCUGACAAGAUACCUAACAAGACCAUAUGUGACCAGCGUGGCUGCUGCUGGGCUCCUCAGGGAGCUGUAAAUGUUCCUUGCUACUAUUCCAAGAAUCGUGGCUACCAAAUAGAGAGUGACCCUGUGUUUUCAAAUGCAGGAUUCACAGCUCAGUUGAAAAACUUGCCCUCUGCACCCCUGUUUGGAAGUGAAAUUGAAAACAUCUUGCUCACAGUGGAGUAUCAGACAUCCAAUCGCUUGCACUUUAAGCUGACCGACCCAGCCAAGGACAGGUUUGAAGUGCCUCAUGAGCAUGUGCAGCCCUUCAGUGGGAAUGCUGCGUCUUCCCUGAACUACCGAGUCGAGGUCACUAAACAGCCAUUCAGCAUCAAAGUCACCAGAAGAAGCAAUAACCGUGUGCUGUUUGACUCAAGCAUUGGGCCUCUCCUCUUCUCCGACCAGUUCCUGCAACUCUCAACCUACCUUCCCAGUGCCAAUGUGUACGGCCUGGGUGAACACGUGCACCAGCGGUACCGGCAUGACAUGAAUUGGAAGACCUGGACCUUGUUUUCCAGGGACACAACCCCUAACGCGGAUGGAAAUAACUUGUAUGGUGUACAGACCUUCUUCCUGUGCCUUGAAGAUAACAGUGGAUCAUCCUUUGGGGUGUUUCUGAUGAACAGCAAUGCCAUGGAUAUUGUCCUUCAGCCCACCCCAGCAAUCACAUACCGCACCAUUGGGGGAAUUCUGGACUUCUACGUGUUCUUGGGAAACACACCUGAGCAAGUUGUUCAAGAAUAUCUAGAGCUCAUCGGGCGACCGGCUCUUCCUUCCUACUGGGCACUUGGGUUUCAGAUCAGCCGGUAUGAUUAUGGAAGCCUAGACAACAUGAAGGCAGUUGUGGAAAGAAACCGUGCAGCACAUCUCCCUUAUGACGUCCAGCAUGCUGAUAUUGAUUAUAUGGAGCAGAGAAAGGACUUCACUUAUGACCCAGAGAAGUUUAAAGGCUUCCCAGAGUUUGCUGUGGACUUACACAACAAUGGCCAGAAACUUAUUAUCAUUUUGGAUCCGGCCAUUUCCAACAACUCUCUCCCAAGCGGCUCCUAUGAACCAUAUGAAAGGGGUUCAGCAAUGAAUAUCUGGGUGAAUAGUUCUGACGGCAUAAGCCCACUCAUUGGAGAGGUCUGGCCUGGAACAACUGUGUUUCCUGAUUACACCAAUCCCAACUGUGCUGUUUGGUGGGCAAACGAAAUUGACAGUUUCCACCGCACAGUGGCAUUUGAUGGAAUUUGGAUUGAUAUGAAUGAAGUCUCCAACUUUGUUGAUGGCUCAGUUUCAGGAUGUUCCACAAAUGAGCUCAAUUAUCCCCCAUUCACACCAAAGGUCCUGGAUGGACACUUGUUCUCUAAGACUCUCUGCAUGGAUGCCAUUCAACUCUGGGGCAAGCAGUAUGACGUCCACAAUCUGUACGGUUACUCCAUGGCCAUUGCCACAGCAGAAGCCGUGAAGACUACGUUCCCAGACAAGAGGAGCUUCAUCAUCACACGCUCAACCUUUGCGGGAUCUGGCAAGUUUGCAGCCCACUGGUUAGGGGACAACACUGCCACCUGGAGCGACCUUCGGUGGUCUAUUCCAGGCAUGCUUGAGUUCAACCUUUUCGGCAUCCCAAUGGUGGGAGCCGACAUAUGUGGCUUUGCCUUGGACACAUCUGAGGAGCUGUGCAGGCGGUGGAUGCAGCUGGGGGCAUUUUAUCCUUUUUCCCGGAAUCACAAUGGCCAAGGCUACAAGGACCAGGAUCCUGCCUCUUUUGGAGCAGAUUCGGAGCUGUUGAAUUCGUCUAGGCACUACCUUAACAUCCGAUACACUCUUCUGCCUUACCUCUACACUCUUUUAUACUGUGCCCACAGCCGGGGAGACACGGUGGCUAGGCCCCUUGUGCAUGAGUUCUAUGAGGACAGCAAUACUUGGGACAUAGACCGGCAGUUUCUGUGGGGACCAGGCCUCCUCAUCACUCCUGUUCUGGAUGAGGGUUCAGAGAAAGUGAAAGCAUAUGUGCCUGAUGCCGUCUGGUAUGACUAUGAGACCGGGGGACAGUUGACAUGGAGAAAGCAAAGCAUCGAGAUGGCCCUCCCUGGAGAUAAAAUCGGACUUCACCUUCGAGGAGGCUACAUCUUCCCCACCCAACAGCCAAACACAACCACAACAGCCAGCCGGAAGAACCCCCUUGGCCUGAUCGUUGCCCUGGAUGAGAACAAAGAAGCCAGAGGAGAACUGUUCUGGGAUGAUGGGGAGUCGAAGGAUACUGUGGCCAAGAACACUUACCUCUUUAGUGAAUUUUCUGUCUCCAAAAACCGUUUGAAUGUGACAAUUUCAAGUGCAAACUACACCGAUCCCAAUAACUUAGAAUUCCAGGAAAUUAAAAUCCUUGGGACAGAGGCAAUUUACAAUGUUAGAGUCAAACAGAAUGGUGUCCUUAGUCAAAUGUCUCCUCGAAUCACUUACAAUUCAACCCUGAAGGUUGCCACCAUCACAGACAUCCAUCUCGCGCUGGGAGAAGCGUACACAGUUGAGUGGAGCAAUGUGAUAGACCAGGAGAAGAUAGACUGCUAUCCAGAUGAGCAUGGAGCUUCUGAAGCCAACUGCACUGCCCGUGGCUGCGUCUGGGAGGAAUCUGACAUUUCUGGCGUCCCUUAUUGCUACAUUGUCAAUGACCUGUACUCAGUCAGCAAUGUUCAGUAUCACGAGAAUGAGGCCACAGCCAGCAUCUCCUUGAAGGAUUCUCCUUACAGCCAUGCCUUCCCCUCCACACCCGUGAACCAGCUGCAACUGCGCGUGAUCUACCACAAGAAUGAGAUGCUGCAGUUUAAGAUCUACGAUCCCAACCACAGUCGGUACGAGGUCCCGGUGCCUCUGAACAUCCCCAGUGCUCCAUCCAGCACCCCAGACGGCCGUCUCUAUGAUGUCCUCAUCAAGGAGAACCCAUUUGGGAUUGAAAUUCGCAGGAAGAGUACAGGCUCUGUCAUCUGGGACUCUCAGCUCCCGGGCUUCACCUUCAAUGACAUGUUCAUCCGCAUCUCCACCCGCCUGCCCUCCACACACAUCUAUGGCUUUGGGGAAACUGAGCACACAACCUUCAAGAUUGACUUGAACUGGCACACGUGGGGCAUGUUUUCCAGGGAUGAGCCCCCGGGGUACAAGAAGAAUUCCUAUGGUGUCCACCCUUACUACAUGGGGCUGGAGAAGGAUGGCAACACCCAUGGAGUCCUCCUGAUGAACAGCAAUGCCAUGGAUGUGUCAUUCCAGCCUCUGCCUGCCCUGACAUACAGAACCACAGGGGGCAUUCUGGACUUCUAUGUGUUCCUGGGCCCAACUCCAGAGCUCGUCACUCAGCAAUACACUGAGCUGAUUGGUCGGCCAGUGAUGGUGCCUUACUGGUCCCUGGGAUUCCAGCUGUGUCGCUAUGGAUAUGAGAAUGAUGGUGAGAUCGCCAGCUUGUAUGAUGACAUGGUGACUAAAAGGAUCCCCUAUGACGUGCAGUACUCAGACAUCGACUACAUGGAGAGGCAGCUGGACUUCACCCUCAGCCCCAAGUUCUCUGGGUUUCCAGCCCUGAUCGAUCGCAUGAAGCGUGAUGGGAUGCGGGUCAUCCUCAUUCUGGACCCAGCUAUUUCUGGCAACGAGACAGAGCCCUACCCUGCCUUCACCCGAGGUGUACAGGAUGACGUCUUCAUCAGAUUUCCCAAUAAUGGAGACAUUGUCUGGGGAAAGGUCUGGCCUGAUUACCCUGGUAUUGUGGUGAACUCCUCUCUAGACUGGGACAGUCAAGUAGAGCAAUACCGAGCUUAUGUGGCCUUCCCAGACUUUUUCCGUGAUUCCACUUCCAAAUGGUGGAAGAAAGAGAUUCAAGAACUGCACACGAACCCACAGAACUCAACAAAGAGCUUAAAGUUUGAUGGCCUGUGGAUUGAUAUGAAUGAACCUUCCAGCUUUGUGAAUGGGGCAGUUCCUCCAGGCUGCAGCGAUGCUACUCUGAACCGUCCUCCCUACAUGCCACAUUUGGCAGCCAGGGACAGGGGCCUGAGCAGUAAGACCCUGUGCAUGGAGAGUGAGCAGAUCCUUCCAGAUGGUUCUCGGCUGCGGCACUACGAUGUGCACAGCCUGUAUGGGUGGUCCCAGACCAGACCCACCUACGAAGCUGUUCAGGAGGUGACAGGCGAGAGAGGGAUCGUCAUCACACGCUCCACAUUCCCCUCUUCUGGACGCUGGGCAGGACACUGGCUGGGAGACAACACAGCUGCCUGGGACCAGCUGGGGAAAUCCAUCAUUGGCAUGAUGGAGUUCAGUCUCUUUGGCAUCUCCUAUACCGGGUCAGACAUCUGCGGCUUCUUUCAAGAUGCUGAGUAUGAGAUGUGUGUUCGCUGGAUGCAGCUGGGCGCCUUUUACCCCUUCUCCCGGAACCACAACACCAUCGGGACCAGGAGACAAGACCCUGUCUCCUGGGAUACAGCCUUUGAGGACAUCUCCAGGAGUGUGCUAGAGACCAGAUACACCCUGUUGCCAUAUCUCUACACCUUGAUGUACAAGGCCCACACAGAGGGCAGCACAGUUGUGCGGCCUCUUCUCCAUGAGUUUCUGUCAGACCGGGAGACGUGGAAUACAGACAAACAGUUCCUGCUGGGUCCCGCCUUCCUGGUCAGCCCUGUGCUGGAGCCCAAUGCCAGAAACGUCACUGCAUAUUUCCCCAAAGCCCGCUGGUAUGACUAUUACACGGGUGCAGAUGUCAAUUCAACAGGAGAGUGGAAGACCUUGCCAGCCCCCCUUGAACACAUUAAUCUUCACGUCCGUGGAGGCUACAUCCUGCCAUGGCAGCAACACGCCCUGAACACCCACUUAAGCCGGAAGAACCCCCUUGGCCUUCUCGUUGCCCUGGAUGAGAACAAAGAAGCCAGAGGAGAACUGUUCUGGGAUGAUGGGGAGUCGAAGGAUACUGUGGCCAAGAACACUUACCUCUUUAGUGAAUUUUCUGUCUCCAAAAACCGUUUGAAUGUGACAAUUUCAAGUGCAAACUACAAAGAUCCCAAUAACUUAGAAUUCCAGGAAAUUAAAAUCCUUGGGACAGAGGAAAUUUACAAUGUUAGAGUCAAACAGAAUGGUGUCCUUAGUCAAAUGUCUCCUCGAAUCACUUACAAUUCAACCCUGAAGGUUGCCACCAUCACAGACAUCCAUCUCGCGCUGGGAGAAGCGUACACAGUUGAGUGGAGCAAUGUGAUAGACCAGGAGAAGAUAGACUGCUAUCCAGAUGAGCAUGGAGCUUCUGAAGCCAACUGCACUGCCCGUGGCUGCGUCUGGGAGGAAUCUGACAUUCCUGGGGUCCCUCAUUGCUACAUUGUCAAUGACCUGUACUCAGUCAGCAAUGUUCAGUAUCGUGAGAAUGAGGCCACAGCCAGCAUCUCCUUGAAAGAUUCUCCUUACAGCCAUGCCUUCCCCUCCACACCCGUGAACCAGCUGCAACUGCGCGUGAUCUACCACAAAAAUGAGAUGCUGCAGUUUAAGAUCUACGAUCCCAACCACAGUCGGUACGAGGUCCCGGUGCCUCUGAACAUCCCCAGUGCUCCAUCCAGCACCCCAGACGGCCGUCUCUAUGAUGUCCUCAUCAAGGAGAACCCAUUUGGGAUUGAAAUUCGCAGGAAGAGUACAGGCUCUGUCAUCUGGGACUCUCAGCUCCCGGGCUUCACCUUCAAUGACAUGUUCAUCCGCAUCUCCACCCGCCUGCCCUCCACACACAUCUAUGGCUUUGGGGAAACUGAGCACACAACCUUCAAGAUUGACUUGAACUGGCACACGUGGGGCAUGUUUUCCAGGGAUGAGCCCCCGGGGUACAAGAAGAAUUCCUAUGGUGUCCACCCUUACUACAUGGGGCUGGAGAAGGAUGGCAAUGCCCAUGGAGUCCUCCUGAUGAACAGCAAUGCCAUGGAUGUGUCAUUCCAGCCUCUGCCUGCCCUGACAUACAGAACCACAGGGGGCAUUCUGGACUUCUAUGUGUUCCUGGGCCCAACUCCAGAGCUCGUCACUCAGCAAUACACUGAGCUGAUUGGUCGGCCAGUGAUGGUGCCUUACUGGUCCCUGGGAUUCCAGCUGUGUCGCUAUGGAUAUGAGAAUGAUGGUGAGAUCGCCAGCUUGUAUGAUGACAUGGUGACUAAAAGGAUCCCCUAUGAUGUGCAGUACUCAGACAUCGACUACAUGGAGAGGCAGCUGGACUUCACCCUCAGCCCCAAGUUCUCUGGGUUUCCAGCCCUGAUCGAUCACAUGAAGCGUGAUGGGAUGCGGGUCAUCCUCAUUCUGGACCCAGCUAUUUCUGGCAACGAGACAGAGCCCUACCCUGCCUUCACCCGAGGUGUACAGGAUGACGUCUUCAUCAGAUUUCCCAAUAAUGGAGACAUUGUCUGGGGAAAGGUCUGGCCUGAUUACCCUGGUAUUGUGGUGAACUCCUCUCUAGAUUGGGACAGUCAAGUAGAGCAAUACCGAGCUUAUGUGGCCUUCCCAGAUUUUUUCCGUGAUUCCACUUCCAAAUGGUGGAAGAAAGAGAUUCAAGAACUGCACACGAACCCACAGAACUCAACAAAGAGCUUGAAGUUUGAUGGCCUGUGGAUUGAUAUGAAUGAACCUUCCAGCUUUGUGAAUGGGGCAGUUCCUCCAGGCUGCAGUGAUGCUACUCUGAACCGUCCUCCCUACAUGCCACAUUUGGCAGCCAGGGACAGGGGCCUGAGCAGUAAGACCCUGUGCAUGGAGAGUGAGCAGAUCCUUCCAGAUGGCUCCCGGGUGCGGCACUACGAUGUGCACAGCCUGUAUGGGUGGUCCCAGACCAGACCCACCUACGAAGCUGUUCAGGAGGUGACAGGAGAGAGAGGGAUCGUCAUCACACGCUCCACAUUCCCCUCUUCUGGACGCUGGGCAGGACACUGGCUGGGAGACAACACAGCUGCCUGGGACCAGCUGGGGAAAUCCAUCAUUGGCAUGAUGGAGUUCAGUCUCUUUGGCAUCUCCUAUACCGGGUCAGACAUCUGCGGCUUCUUUCAAGAUGCUGAGUAUGAGAUGUGUGUUCGCUGGAUGCAGCUGGGCGCCUUUUACCCCUUCUCCCGGAACCACAACACCAUCGGGACCAGGAGACAAGACCCUGUCUCCUGGGAUACAGCCUUUGAGGACAUCUCCAGGAGUGUGCUAGAGACCAGAUACACCCUGUUGCCGUAUCUCUACACCUUGAUGUACAAGGCCCACACAGAGGGCAGCACAGUUGUGCGGCCUCUUCUCCAUGAAUUUGUGUCAGACAAUGAGACCUGGAAUAUAGACAAACAGUUCCUCCUGGGCCCAGCCUUCCUGGUCAGCCCUGUGCUUGAGCCCAAUGCUCGAAACGUCAGCGCAUACUUCCCCACAGCCCUCUGGUAUGACUACUAUACGGGUGCAGCUACCAACUCAACGGGGGAGUGGAAGACCUUACCAGCCCCUCUCGAGCACAUCAAUCUUCAUGUCCGUGGGGGCUACAUCCUGCCAUGGCAACAACCUGCCCGGAACACGCACUUAAGCCGGAAGAACCCCCUUGGCCUGAUCGUUGCCCUGGAUGAGAACAAAGAAGCCAGAGGAGAACUGUUCUGGGAUGAUGGGGAGUCGAAGGACCUCACAACCAAUAAUGUUCUGUGUAAAUUUUCAGUCACUCAAAACCACUUGGAUGUGAGUGCUGUAGGAUCAACCUACACAGACCCUGAUAAUUUGGCAUUUCAGGAGAUUAAAAUUUUUGGAACAGAGGUGCUUCACAAUGUGACAGUGAAGCACAAUGGUGUCAUUAGUCAGAUGUCUCCUCAAGUCACAUAUGACCCUAACACAAAGGUUGCAAUUAUUACGGGCAUCCAACUUCUCCUCAACGAAUCCUACACAGUGGACUGGAAUGGCAGCAUAAAGGAUGAAGAGAAGAUAGACUGUUAUCCAGAUCAACACGGGGCUUCUGAGGCAAGCUGUGCUGCCCGAGGCUGCGUCUGGAAGGAAUCCAACAUUUCUGGGGUCCCUCAUUGCUACAUUGUCAAUGACCUGUACUCAGUCAGCAAUGUUCAGUAUCUCGAGAAUGAGGCCACAGCCAGCAUCUCCUUGAAGGAUUCUCCUUACAGCCAUGCCUUCCCCUCCACACCCGUGAACCAGCUGCAACUGCGCGUGAUCUACCACAAGAACGAGAUGCUGCAGUUUAAGAUCUAUGAUCCCAACCACAGUCGGUACGAGGUCCCGGUGCCUCUGAACAUCCCCAGUGCUCCAUCCAGCACCCCAGACGGCCGUCUCUAUGAUGUCCUCAUCAAGGAGAACCCAUUUGGGAUUGAAAUUCGCAGGAAGAGUACAGGCUCUGUCAUCUGGGACUCUCAGCUCCCGGGCUUCACCUUCAAUGACAUGUUCAUCCGCAUCUCCACCCGCCUGCCCUCCACACACAUCUAUGGCUUUGGGGAAACUGAGCACACAACCUUCAAGAUUGACUUGAACUGGCACACGUGGGGCAUGUUUUCCAGGGAUGAGCCCCCGGGGUACAAGAAGAAUUCCUAUGGUGUCCACCCUUACUACAUGGGGCUGGAGGAGGAUGGCAACGCCCAUGGAGUCCUCCUGCUGAACAGCAAUGCCAUGGACGUGACCUUCCAGCCCACGCCUGCUCUCACGUACCGCACCACAGGGGGAGUUUUGGACUUUUAUGUAUUUUUGGGGCCGACUCCUGAACUUGUCACCCAGCAGUACACGGAGCUGAUUGGUCGGCCAGUGAUGGUGCCUUACUGGUCCCUGGGAUUCCAGCUGUGUCGCUAUGGAUAUGAGAAUGAUGGUGAGAUCGCCAGCUUGUAUGAUGACAUGGUGACUAAAAGGAUCCCCUAUGACGUGCAGUACUCAGACAUCGACUACAUGGAGAGGCAGCUGGACUUCACCCUCAGCCCCAAGUUCUCUGGGUUUCCAGCCCUGAUCGAUCGCAUGAAGCGUGAUGGGAUGCGGGUCAUCCUCAUUCUGGACCCAGCUAUUUCUGGCAACGAGACAGAGCCCUACCCUGCCUUCACCCGAGGUGUACAGGAUGACGUCUUCAUCAGAUUUCCCAAUAAUGGAGACAUUGUCUGGGGAAAGGUCUGGCCUGAUUACCCUGGUAUUGUGGUGAACUCUUCUCUAGACUGGGACAGUCAAGUAGAGCAAUACCGAGCUUAUGUGGCCUUCCCAGACUUUUUCCGUGAUUCCACUUCCAAAUGGUGGAAGAAAGAGAUUCAAGAACUGCACACGAACCCACAGAACUCAACAAAGAGCUUAAAGUUUGAUGGCCUGUGGAUUGAUAUGAAUGAACCUUCCAGCUUUGUGAAUGGGGCAGUUCCUCCAGGCUGCAGCGAUGCUACUCUGAACCGUCCUCCCUACAUGCCACAUUUGGCAGCCAGGGACAGGGGCCUGAGCAGUAAGACCCUGUGCAUGGAGAGUGAGCAGAUCCUUCCAGAUGGUUCUCGGCUGCGGCACUACGAUGUGCACAGCCUGUAUGGGUGGUCCCAGACCAGACCCACCUACGAGUGACUGUUCCAGGAGGUGACAGGCGAGAGAGGGAUCGUCAUCACACGCUCCACAUUCCCCUCUUCUGGACGCUGGGCAGGACACUGGCUGGGAGACAACACAGCUGCCUGGGACCAGCUGGGGAAAUCCAUCAUUGGCAUGAUGGAGUUCAGUCUCUUUGGCAUCUCCUAUACCGGGUCAGACAUCUGCGGCUUCUUUCAAGAUGCUGAGUAUGAGAUGUGUGUUCGCUGGAUGCAGCUGGGCGCCUUUUACCCCUUCUCCCGGAACCACAACACCAUCGGGACCAGGAGACAAGACCCUGUCUCCUGGGAUACAGCCUUUGAGGACAUCUCCAGGAGUGUGCUAGAGACCAGAUACACCCUGUUGCCGUAUCUCUACACCUUGAUGUACAAGGCCCACACAGAGGGCAGCACAGUUGUGCGGCCUCUUCUCCAUGAGUUUGUGUCAGACCGGGAGACGUGGGAUAUAGACAAACAAUUCCUGCUGGGUCCCGCCUUCCUGGUCAGCCCGGUGCUGGAGCCCAAGGCCAGAACGGUGGAGGCAUAUUUUCCCAGAGCCCGCUGGUAUGACUACUACACAGGUGUAGAUAUUAAUGCAAGGGGACAAUGGAAGACCUUGCCGGCCCCUCUUGAGCACAUUAACCUUCAUGUCCGUGGGGGUUACAUCCUGCCAUGUCAGGACCCUGCCAUGAACACCCAUUUGAGCCGUGAGAAACCGAUGAACCUCAAGGUUGCCUUGGACGAUGAGGGACUUGCUGAGGGCUGGCUCUUCUGGGAUGAUGGGAAAAGCAUCAAUAUCACAAACAAAUACUACUUGGCCAUGUUUUCUGUCAGCGAGAACACGCUGCGGAGACAUAACGUUUUUAACAAUUAUGUCAGUGGUACUGCUGCUUUGAACCUAGGCUACAUUGAAAUCUGGGGAUUGAAAACUGUUCCCAUUAACAGUGUGACGAUCUCUUGGAACAACAAGAAUGAAAUAAUCCCCUUUGACUACAACACUGAAACCCAGAUAUUAAGAGUUGAUGUGACCAAAAAAUCAAUCGGCCUGCAUACUUUUGUGUCCAUGACAUGGAACUCUUCAUGAAUUUUUAGAGUAGGAUACUACAAACAGAUUUAAACUUCUUAUGCUACAUAAUUGUAUAAUUACUAUGUAUCACCAAUUGUUUCAUUCCCAAUAUGGCUAGAAUAAUUUGUGGAAGUAUUUAUGUAUGUAUAUGGCUCCCAAGGAUAAUAUCUCUGGGUCACAUUAAUGUAUAGAUCCAGGCUGUGGUGCGCGCGUGUGUGUGUGUGUGUGUGUGUGUGUGUGUGUGUGUGUGUGUGUAAGGGAUUCCAAUGUUUUCCUAAAGAUAAAAUAGGAAUCUUGCUAUGGCAGCCUCUGUCUGCUGCUAAGCAAAACCGUAAGAAUUAUGCAGAAGGAACUUGUGUAGGUUGGCAUAGGGGGCAGAGAACAGUGGGCCCAGAGUGUGAUAGAGGAUGGAGAAAAAUAACCACACACACACAGUAAAGAAUAAGGGGAGGUAAGAGACAGUGGUUGGCAACAGCGACAGUCAGAGUCGUUCUAAGGAAUAGCCUUGUGGGGAGGAGGAAGGGAGAGUCAACUCGUUUGAAAAAGAAGAAGAUCUUGGGGAAAUGCUCAACACACAUGAAGGUGAUGUGAAGGACAUUUAAGUGGGUAGAGCUAAAGGCAGGAAUCGGAUGCACAAAAUGAGUUGUUUCCAUAGAAGUGAGCUUUGAAAUGUAUAACUCUUAUUUCUUGACCAUAUCUCAUGUACACAACAAUGGUUCGUGCAAGCAUACAUGAUGUAUAUGCCACAGAAAAAUAAAGCAUGUGAAUUUA